AUGGAAGGAGAAGAAGGUGGAGAUAUGCCACCAUUCUGGCUAAAUAACAUCUCAACUUCAAAUUUCAACAACCGUAACCGGCGGCGAUCUUCGUCGGCGUCGAAUUUCCUUACGAAUUCGGGGUUUUUAAUCAUAAUUUUGACAAUUAUAGCACUGUUUCUAAUCUUCAUCGUAGUUCCAUCAUUUCUUUCAUUCACUUCUCAAUACGUAAAGCCCCAUUUGGUGAAGAAAAAUUGGGAUAGUCUGAAUAUUGUUUUGGUGUUCUUUGCUAUAAUUUGUGGGUUUCUCAGUAGAAGAACUGCCGAUGAUAUCCCGGCAUCCGCUUCUGGCAAUGGGUUUUCGAGUUUGUCGUCGGAGCGGGUAUUGGCGGAGGAGGAUGAGCCAAUUCAACAACUACACCACCAAAAUCAUCUCCGGUAUCGGCCUAUGGAGGCGGAUCAACCGUGGAUUGGAUACUCUAAUGUAAAUCCGAUGAUGUACAGUUCAAUGGAUAAUCUGAGUAAUUUAUCAUCUGCUUCUAGUAAUGUCACGGGAGGAAUGAGGAGGAAUAGUAGUUCAUAUCCUGAUCUCCGGCAAGAAUCAUUGUGGAAUCCGGAACCGGAGAGCCGAAGAUUUUACGACGAUAUCAAUAUAGAUGGAUAUCAGUAUGGAGGUGAGCUAAAUUAUCUUCAUCGACGUCACCCAUCAGAUCCAAUUCCCGCUCCGGAGCCAACUGAGUAUCGAUAUGGUGAAUCAAAUUAUCUUCUUCACCACAAUUCAGCUUCUGUUCCGGCAAGAGUGCCGGAAUCUGACGAUACUAAAUACUUCAGAGAUAUAAAAACUAUACCUGUGGAUACAUUUGUGGUUCGUCAACAAGAAGUCUCAUUACCGGAACCACCACCAGUAGCAGAACCAACAGAAAAACCACCACCACAACGAUCGCCAGAAAAAACACCACUAUCGCCUGAGAAACCACCGCAACCGCCACGACCAUCCACGGCGGCGGAGACUAGAAGAAAAGAACGAGCAGAGAGACGAGCAUUUCGGUCUAUCGAACGUAGAGAGAAACCGGUUGAAGAAAAGAAAGAUUUGGAAACUGAAAAGGUUCAAACACAACCUUUAAUUCCACCACCAUCUCCACCUCCACCACCACCACCACAACCAGCGGAACCGUCGAAAUCAGAGCAGAAGAGUGCUAAAAGUGAAAGAAAAAGAAGUACUAGUGCAGCAAAAGAGAUAAAGAACACUUUUACUUCACUAUACAAUCAAAGAAAGAACAAGAAAAAGAACAAACAGAAGAGUAAAGAAAGUUUUGACGAUAUGUUCCAUCAAAUGUUUGAAGAACCAGCAUCUCAAUCUUAUGUGGGUCCACCACCAUCUCCGCCACCUCCGCCACCACCUCCCCCACCUCCUUCAUCAGUUUUUCAUCAACUAUUCAAAAAGAGCAGCAAAACAAAGAAAAUCCAUUCCGACUCUGUCCCACCACCUGCACCUCCACCACCUCCAGCAAAACCAUCUCGUUCCUCCAAAAGAAGAGUUCAAAAUCAAGACCCAUCUCCACCAACGCCAGAAAUCACCCCGCAGCCAGUCCAGUCACCGCCAAAACGAGAAUCAUCUCGGCGCAAAAAACCCUCCACAGCGGGUAAACCACCGUUGCCAACAUCCAGAAGUUCAAAUGCUUAUUUCCCAAGUGAUGAAUUAUAUCCCAACAGUGGCAACCAAUCCCCAUUAAUUCCAAUGCCGCCACCUCCACCACCACCGCCAUUCAAAAUGUCAGCAAUGAAGUUCGUUGUUCGCGGCGACUUCGUCAGAAUCCGAAGCCGGACUUCUGGUAACGGGUCAACUGAAUCGUUAGAUGAAGCACCAUCAGCUCAAGAAUCACCAAUGGAUACACCGAUUAGUACACCAAGGAUUAUGGAUAAUGCUACUGACGGAGAAUCAUCAAUUCCUUCAUCGCCAUUCUGUCCAAGUCCUGAUGUUGAUUACAAAGCUGACAGUUUCAUUGCUAGAUUUAGAGCUGGAUUGAAAAAUGAGAUUUAA